GUCCGUAUGGAGAGAGAGACGACCAGCAGGUGUUCAUCCAGAGAGUCGUACCGGACACCGAUAAACUCUACGUCAGACUGUCGUCCAACGGGAAGAGGGUGUGUGAGGUGCGUUCGGUGGACAGCACCUCCAUCACGGCCUUUAUGGUUCACGAGUGCGAGGGCUCGAGUCGCAUCGGCUCUCGGCCCCGUCGCUACCUGUUCAGUGGCCAUGGCAACGGCAGCAUCCAGAUGUGGGACCUGACGACCGCCAUGGAGAUCGCCGGCAAGGUGGACAUCAGAGCGCUGGGCGGGCCGACGGAGGAGGAGCUGCUGGAGCUGUUGGACCAGUGCGACCUGGCUCUGACCAGGACGCCUGACAGCACGCCGCGAGCCUCCACCUGCAGCCUUCACUCUCAGCUCAGCGACGUCUUCAGGACGGAGCGUCUCCACUCUGCAGGAGGACGAGGAGCCGGAGCUUCUGGUUCGUCAGCGUCGUUGUGCGGCAGCCUCCCCCGGCAGGCUCCGCCCCCCGUGCCACUCACCAAACCUGUCCGUGACUCCUCCCUUCCUGGGACGCAGAUCCUCGCCAUCCCCGCCUACGCCCACAACUCUGCCUCCAACCCAAGCGCCAGCCCGCGGCCCCUCAGUCACCAGGACCGGGACAGAGACUGGGGGUCCGUGCGUAGGGGGAGCUUCGUGGAGCGCUGCCAGGAGCGCGCCAAAGGUUCAGAGUCUGCGGCGGCAGCGGUGGCCUCUGGCUUUGGCGUCCCGGCGGGGCCAGAGAGCAUGAGGCGGAGCUUAGCCGUGUGCACCGAGUUAGAGGCCAGAUUCGGCGUCAGGACACCGACCACCUUUUCUGUGACGCCCGCUGCACGCCACUCCCCAGGAACGCCUUCAUCCUUAUCGUCAUCGUCACCAUCUUCCUCGUCUUCAUCACACCGCAGGGCCACACCCACUCCCCCAACAAGCCCCGCCUCAGCCACAGUGAGCCCGACCCAGUCUCAGGCGCCAGCCUCACCCCGCCGCAGCGCCGCCACGUCUCCUGCUGAUGUCCCAGCUUCACCUGAGAGUCCGGCCAGCCCGGAGAGCCCCGCCGCCGCCGGCCCGCCCACCAGCCCAAAACCACACAUGAAUGAGACCAGCUUCUGAUUGGCUGCUCAGACCGAGACCAGCUUCUGAUUGGCUGCUCAGACCGAGACCAGCUUCUGAUUGGCUGCUCAGACCGAGACCUUGUGGACGUUUAACUUCUUCUUCUUCUACUUCCUGUCCCCGCAGACGGGGUUUGGAUGAACGUCUGAACAGCUGGCAGGUUUGUGACGUCAUCAGUAGCCAAUCAGCCGUCGGACUGAGCUCCGUUUCCACAAAGUCACUCAGCUGAUCGUCUGAUCGAUAUCCGAACAUGAUCAAUAAAUCCGAUGACGGCAGAUUUGCCACCAAUUCUCAAACUUUAUCUUUGUUUUUUGUAGCUUUUUUAUAACCAACAGAACAAACGCU